AUGGACUCCCAGGACAACCACAACUCAGAGCAAAGUGCCAAUAAUCGAAGUUCUGAUACCGAAAGCUCGAAUAACCAAAGCAAUGAGAACAGUGCCGGAGACUCUAAUUACGAGACUCCGAACACAGACCCCCAACUCCUUAGCAGACAUGCUGAGGAAUCGGAAUACUACCGAAGCUUCCUCGAACAACUUCUGGACUUGGUUUUCAAUGAGGACCAAGAAACUGUAGCCCGAUUGGUCUCUAUUAUCCGUUCUGGUGCUUCUCAACAAGAGAUCCUUGCGGUGAUGUCUCAAGUACAGAACGGAAACACUGGCCACGUUGGAGAAAACGGCCUGAUGACUCUUGAUGAUCAAGCUAAGCACGGUGAAAACUGA